UAAACUAUGGAGGCUUCAUCUAUUAGCUAAAAUGUGGUUUUCAAUAAAAAUGAUUUGCUAUUAAAAAAUGUCACCCAGUUAAUGAAUCAUCGAUGCAUAAAAGAGAUUAAAUGGUUUUCACUGGUAAACUGUGUGUUCUUCCUCCACAGCUUGUUUCUUCUCUGCAGCCCUCGAAGGUCCGUCAUGAUGCUGCUGACUUCUCUGGUUCCGUUCUGCCUCCUGGCCGCUGCCGCCGUCGCCGUUCCCGCUCAGGAGAAGCGAAUCCAUCACCAGGCGGAUCUGAGCGACCACGCCCACGACGAUGCUCACGGCUACAAGUACGACCACGAGGCCUUUCUGGGAAAGGAGGAGGCCAAGACGUUCGACCAGCUGAGCCCUGAGGAGAGCAAAGCCAGACUAGCGAAGAUCGUGGAUCGCAUCGACACGGACAAGGACGGCUACAUCAGCCACGCUGAGCUGCACUACUGGAUCAAGCACCGGCAGAGGAGGUACAUCGAGGAGAACGUGAACAAACACUGGCACGACUACGACAAGAACCAGGAUGGCAAAAUCGGCUGGGAGGAGUAUAAAAACACCACCUACGGCUACUACCUGGGUGAGGAGUUUGACGACAUCGAGGACAAGGCCACCUACAAGGCCAUGCUGACCCGGGACGAGAGGCGCUUCAAGGGGGCCGACCGGGAUGCUGAUGGCAUCGCCACGCGUGAGGAGUUCACCGCCUUCCUUCACCCCGAGGAGUACGAUCACAUGAGAGAUGUGAUAGUGCAGGAAACUAUGGAAGACAUCGACAAGAACCGAGACGGAAAGGUCGACCUGAGUGAAUACAUCGGUGACAUGUACACACCUGAAGGGGACGGAGAACCUGAGCCCGACUGGGUCGUUACCGAGAGGAAACAUUUCUACGAGUUCAGAGACACCAACAAGGACGGCUACAUGGACGCUGCUGAAGUGGCUAACUGGAUCCUGCCAGGAGAAGUUGAUCACGCCGACAACGAAGCCAAACACUUGAUCCACGAGACCGACACCAACAAGGAUGAGAAAAUAACCAAGAAGGAGAUUCUGGCAAACUGGAACAUGUUUGUGGGCAGCCAAGCCACCAAUUAUGGCGAAGAUUUAACGAAGAGACACGAUGAGCUUUGAUGAUGUUCCACAAGAAGCUUAGUCGGGUUUCUGUAUUGACAAGGGAGAAUGGGGCUACAGCGGCCCUGGGGUUUGGGUGGGAGGUUCUGGCUCAGUCGCCCCCGUGUACACACAUACUUGUGAAUGCUGUCACAUACUGUGUAUGUGAGUACAGGUUACUGACAAACGUGUUUCAUUUACAUACUCUGAUCUUCACUGAAAACAUAUUUUCUGUGCUACGGCGAACAAUGCAAAUCUUAAAACGCUCUGUGGAUAAUAUUCAACAUGCACUGACACCCAGCGGGAUCGAUGUUCGUCUGUCAGGUCCUGAAGGUGUGUGAUCACGUCAACGUUAAAGGAAACCGUGUGUGUUGGUGAUGUGGGAGCUCUGUUACAAACGUUUUGGGCUUUGAAUAUUAAAGUCUUGGGUUUUUUUUCUACGA